AUGUUUUCAGAAUAUGCGUCUCGUUUUCUCUCACAGUCACAGUCCCGAAUAGCACCCGGGGACGGCUCUCCCCCACGGGAAUUUGGAGAUCGAAGUCGGAGGCCUGAUCGACAGGCCUCCCGCCCGCCUCCGUCACGACCUUACCUGCAACGAGCUCUAGGGAAUCCCUAUUCCUCCACAGCUUCUCAGACCUUUGCCUUUUCACCACGGUCGUCUGUACAUCACGCACCGCUCUUUCACAGCAAUACCGAGCAACUUCGCGAGGAAGACGACGAGCGAGAAGCUGCUGAUUUUUAUGCCCUGCAGAGAUCAAGACGGCACUUUGGCGCAAGUAGGCUAGCAGAGUCCUCUGAAGCAGACGAGGGAGAUGACAGUAAACAUUCGGAACACAGUACAGGCCAAGCAGAUGAAUUCGGAAGAGGGACGGGAAUACGAAGCUCAUGGCGUGGAAAGGCUUCUGUUAGCGGUCCGGUAGGGAAAACAGGCACCAAUACCCUAGCAGAACAGCCUGAAGAAAGCGAAGAAGAUGCCAUAUCGAUGUCUCACGGCACCUCCAGUCCGGGGAAGGGCAGAAUGGUUGAUAUACGGCUGGAAGACUCGAUCAAGACAGACGCUGUGAACGUUGAUUAUGACGACGAUGACCCGCCUCCAGAAUUCACAGCCGGUGGGCCGCCGAUACGCCAGUUUCAAAAUCAGUCCAGUCACCUGGGUGACGACGAGUUCCAGACCAGUUCUGGAUUUAUGGACCGAGAGUCCGACAAGCAGGCCUUGUUAAACAACCCUAGACCGCCCAGCUCCAUCGCCUCCGAGAUGCCUGCGUCCGUGGCCCGCGGGGAACCUGAGCCUCCCAUGCAUGACAUGUUCUGGGGACACAUGUUCUUGCUUUGCCUGAGCGGCUUAUUCGCGACCUCGUUCAUAGUAUACCUUCACACUACCGCGCCGACUAAACUCCCGCUCCUCGGAGACACCAUCUAUGCUACUCUACACUCUUCGUUUGGUCUCCUGGGAACGUAUACCGUAAUUUCAAUAUUUGUGGCCCUGCUCUGGCUGGCGCUGUUGCGAUCUUAUGUUCGGCCCCUGGUGUUUACUAUGCUAAUUGCAGUUCCUGUCAUUCUCAUUUCCUUCUCACUAUACCCGUUUAUUUCUAGCUUCAAGGGUACCUGGCAUGGAUCCAGUAUCCAGGAUAAGGUCAUGCGAUGGGGGUCGCUAGUCCCUGCAGUCAUGGCUGCAGCUUGGAUCUACUCCGUCGUCAAGGGCAGGCAUGCGACAGGCAAGGCAAUUGAUAUCCUGGAGUUCUCAUGUCGUAUUCUAGCCGCAAACCCAGCGCUGCUUCUCCUGGGAUUUGCAACAAUAGCCAUCAUCGCGCUCUGGAGUUGGGCAUGGAUACUCAUGUUCACCCGUGUCUUCCUCGGUGGGCAUCUCGCAUCCGGAACCAAGAAACUCUUCAUCAUCGAUCUCGGUACCUGGUGGCUAGGCAUCUACUUCAUCCUCGUUUACCUCUGGUCUCUCGGCGUCAUCGCAGGCAUCCAGCGGACUACCACUGCUGCCGUCGUUAGUCAGUGGUAUUUCCACCGCAAUGCAGUUCCUUCGCCUACGUCUCACGAUGUAAUUCGGGCUGCCUUCACUCAUGCUCUGACUACUCUGUUUGGAACAAUAUGCCUUUCAACAUUGCUAUCCCUUAUGGUUCGCCUUCCCCUAAUCGUUCUCCCUCGCCGUAUAUCGUCCGUGAUAUCACUAGCUGCCUACUCUUGUGUUCCCACGCCGGUUGCUGCACUCACCAACCCUCUCACCCUGACAUAUGCUGCCAUCCACUCCCAGCCCCUAGUCACUUCAGCGCGCAGUCUCAACCAGAUGGUCUUCCUAGCUCCCUCAGCCGCGACGGCUACGACAUUCCACCCGCGAACCUUCUCCGACUCGAGUCGUACAGACUACUAUUCCUCCACUUUAAUGCCGUACCGUCUAGCCAAGAUGCUUCUACAUGCCACACGGUUCAUGAUGUCUCUUGCCCUCGGCUUCGGGGGCUGGGUAUCUACCGCUCGCAGUCUGCAGGUCUCCGGCGCAAACGGUGGCAAAAGUCCUACCAUCCGCGGCAGCUUGUACGCUUACGUUGUUGGCUUGAUCGCAGGAACGAUUGGAUGGGGCGUGCUAUCUGCUAUGGAAGGGGUACUUGCCGGCGUCGUCGAUGCGGCUGUCGUUUGCUGGGCGAGUGAAGUCGGCAGCGUACGACGAGAGGCUCGCUACUGCCGCGAGGCCGGCCAUCUGUUUGGCGGCGGUAGUGCGGACCGUAUGGAUAUAGAGGACAGACCAGCACGGCUUGACUAG